GAUUGUUGUAUAUAAUUGUAACAAUAGUGAAAUGUGAGUGCAAAGUUUAAUAUAAUUCCCGCGUUUAUAUAAUGUUUAGAAGAAAGUGAAUUUAAUCGAAUUAUAAUAAAUAUUCGCAAUGUGACAUUCGUAAUAAAGUGAAAAACAAUGGAGCAAGUGUUUUCUAUUGCUGACAAACUGUCAAAAGUGAUUAAAAAUAUACAAAAAUGUUUACAAUGUACAAUUUGUUUACAAACAAUAUCAGAUCCGGUAAAAACAGUUUGCGGACAUCGAUUCUGUCGUAUAUGUAUUCAAACAGUAAUACAAAAUAAAAAUGCGCUCUGUCCACUGUGUAAUUGCGCCAUACAGCGUCGCAAUAUUUCAAAAGAUAAGAAUACGGCGAUAUAUAUCACACAAUUACAGAAUAUAAUUGAAGCAAUUCAGUUAGAUUCAGGCAUCGAUAUAGUGACUCAUUUAUCAGUAUUAAACACGUGCGAGAGCUCGUCGAACAACACGGAGAUCUGUUCGAACACGGAGGACGUGACGAAACCGAGCUGCUCUUACGCGGUCGACACCCGUCAAAGGGUGUCACACCCGGCCGCCAAUAAUAAUGGAAAAGGCAGAAGGAGAAAGGUUCAAAGAAAGACCGCGCAGAAGAGGAAGAUGGCGGAGUCAAAGGAAAGCAACAGUAUGACGAGAUACCUGUCGAAAUGCGGCCUCUCGGGCAUAGAGCCGUUGGAGGCGUCGAACGAUUACUCGGGCGAGAAAUCGUUGAAGGACAAAGUGUGCAGCUGGCUGCACACUUUGCCAGGGAACGAGAAUUUGCUCGAUCCUGACGUAGCGGAGCGCGUGGAUUCCGAUCUGGACGAUACACUGACCAUGUCCGUCUCCGAGAACGAUGGCCAGAGCAAAGGGAUAACCACGGACACGAACGUGGAUCCCUCCCUCGAACCUCCAUCGACGGAGGCGUGCGAUAAAAGUGAUGGAGAUCGGUCGACGUGCAAAGAAAUUCCGGACGAUUGUUCGAGGAACGAUAAAAAGCCUAAAGGAAUAAACCCGGGCAAUUGCUCGUCGAGGAUGGACACGAAGUCGGAAAUAACUAAAACUACUGUUAGAUCGAGCGAGGAGAAAUUCAUCGAGGUGCAGAGAACGUCUCCUUGCGACAUGUUGUCCUCUAUGCAGAGGAACUGGUCCUCGGUUGCGAAGUUCGGCAAGGAGAUGCGCGCCAAGAGGAAGAGAUUAAAGUCUUUGGACGUGAGUAUCGAGAACAGGGGGAAGCGUGGAUCGAUGGGCGAGGCGGGUGGACGGAGCGAGGUGGAGGAGGUCGGGUCGAGGGACAGGCGAGAGGGCGAAGAAUGCGAGAAAAGUUUGGGGAAGGCUCGUUACGAGGCUUUGUUGGAUGGAGAGAGAUCGAUAUUGGCGGAAGUCGAGCCGGCCUUCGGCGAGUCGUCCUUCGUCACGUUGGAGGGGGAUGGCAAGAUACGCAUCCGGAGUUUGAACGCCUGUCAGAUGAACGCGAUCAUCGGUGUCUCGGAUGAAGGGAACAACGAGGAGGGGACGGAGAGACAGAUGGAGGUGUUCAACACGCCUGUUCACGAUCGUUCCAAGAUAUUUUCCCAAAUGAUACCGGAUGGAUCGCCAAACGAUGACCAAGAUCGAGGUAAUCUGGUUGACGAAUCGGUUAAAAACUCGCCGAUCCCGACAGAUGAGCGAACGGCGGACGUCGUGGCGGAUCGGCCAACGCCGUCCAAAUAUCAAAUCUCCACGCCCAGUCGUAAGAGGUUGUCGUUGAAGAGGCAGAGCGAGGAUUCGAAAUCGAGCAACACAAACGCCUUCAACUCGGACGUUGGCUCUCGGUUGAACGCCGUCAAGCGGGAUUUGAAUCGUCAGAUCGACAAGGAAGAAGGGAACGGAAUAGGGAAGCGUAAAAGCACGGGUGAUGAACGAGAGAGAAAUUUACCAUCGAACGAUUACGCUGGUAGAGCGUGGAUGAUGGGGGACAAGAAGCGUAACGAGUAUCUGGUCACGUUCAAGAAGCUGGGGAAAUUUUACAAGCGAGGCAACGAGGGGAGGGUGAAGAAACGCGUCCCGUUCUUUUAUCUGGGCGCAACCGGGAAGGAGACGAGCUAUUAUCCCGGUUUGCACGCGCAUAAAUCGUGCAAUCUCGCGUGUUGCAACGCGUUGAAGCUUGAACAAAAGAUAGAUAACGAGAGUGGAACAAGUAUAAUAGCAUCGAUAACGGACAGUAACGAAGUUAAAAGCGUCGAAGCCGCGAUGAAAGUGAAAUCGAAGGUGAAAAUGGACGAUCGAACUGUGUCUUCCGAAAAUCGGGUGGAAGACGUGGCUGCUAGACGAAUCUCGUGCGAGGAAAUUGUCCCUCGUCCGAUCGGCAACGCGAACAGAUCUUACGACGUGGACGUGCUGUUGGUAUCCUCGGACGAUGAGCCAUCUACGAACCGAUCUCCGCUUCCUAAAACCGAUUCCUCGUGCAAAGACACAGUGAGGAUGUCAUCGCCGUCGAAAGAUCGUUCCCCGCAACGAUUCCUCUCUUCGUCUCCACCGAUAGACACUCUUCAAACGCAAAAACUGAACGAUCCAGGAUCGGCGAGGAGGAAGAGGAAACAGGGAAACAAACGCGCGCAAUCUUUCGCGUGCAUUUCGCCCAACUGCAACUCCUUUUGCGUGUCGAUCGAAAAAUGCUCGAGUCGGAGGACGGUUGUCCAGGAGAAGGAGACGAAGGAGAGUUGGGAGAGUGAUUCGAAUCACAGUCUGUCGUCGCAGGCCACGUGUAUCAGAGCCACGAUGCUCGAGACGAAAAAUUCAUCGAGGAAGAAUAAUUCGAAAGGAAACGAGAGGAAACGAUCGCCGAAUCCGAGCAGCAAGGACACCGAGGUUAUCCGAUCGGGGAAGAAUUUGGAUCGGGACACGGUGAAGACUUGCGAGAAGAAGGUACGAGAGAAGGUGUACAACAGGAUCGUGUUGCUGGACAGUUCGGAAUCUGAAUCUAUGGAUAACUUUGUUUUCUUGGACGGUAACGUCGACGAUGCCUCCCCGAAAACCGAGAAGAGGAAACGUACCGUCUCCUUCGAUUCUGCCGACGAGACGGACUUGAACGCGAUUGUGAACAAUUGGUGCAACGAUGGAAAGCUCGACGAGAGGUGUAAGAAGAAAGGGAAGCUGGAGCGUGUUCGCGAUACUCUUGAUUCGAGCACGUCUAGGGACAAUUUUUCGACCAAAUCUUUGGACCUGGUGGUUGGGAAAUUUGGAAAGGAGAAAUCGAAUUCCAAUCGAACGAAGAACUUGGAGGACAGGAUGGCGUUAGCUGUGGACGAGGAUUCCCCUGAUUUUUGCGCGGUGAUAGACAAAGUGCAGAAUGUACGGAACGGAACGAUGGUAUUUAAGGAGAAGCAACGGCAAGAGAACGCGAAGACGGCGGACAGUAUGAUGCAUGACAACUUCGACGAAUUCAUUGCGAAUGUGAACACGGCAGAUUUGAUCACCGAUUCUGAUGAUGGAAAGGGGGACAAGUCUAGAAGGGAGGAUUGUAUGGAGGGGAGGAACGAUUGUGAGAGAAAAUCUAAACACGCGAAAUCUAUGUGCAGCGAGAAAAUUCGAUGGAACAAGGAAAUUCCGCAUAACGGUUCUGAUAAAGAAAACGGGAACAAGAUGGAUGUAUCUGGCAGUGAGAAUGGCGAUGAUGAGGAUCCAGUGUGCGUAAACGCGAGUAAUAAGAGUUGGAGGAAGGAUAGGUUUCAGGGGAAAAAGGGAGUCGAGUCGUGCAGUAAAGAAUCGACGAGGACAUUGAUAGAGAAUCCAAUGACUUCGUCUGAUAAGAGGUUCCAAAUGAAUAACAGUGCGAAUAGUUCGAUGGGCAAAGACAUGUACGAUUAUGAUUCUUUGAUGGCCGUCACGCAAGAUGACUUGAUGAUUAAACAAUUCGAGGAAGAUCUGUUUGGUAAACCUUCUAAACAUUCUAAUGAUACUUUGAGGACUCCUAAAAGCCUAAAGAAGAAAGAAUGUUCAAGAGAGAAUGAAAAGAAUAUCCAGGACGUUGAACACUCGGGUGAAGAAGACGACAUUGUUGAGAACACUCCUAAAGCAAAGAGGAAAAAAUUAGAAGCAAUCGAUUCGCCGAGGGAGAGUUUGCCAUCGAUCUCGAAGACCAUCGAAAAGUCAGCCUACGUCAGAACACCAUCAUCGAUCAUGACGACCGGAAGCAACCUGGCUAGCACUCCAGGCUCGAUGACCAAUAUCCAUCCACUCCAUCAAAGCACCCCUAAAACGCAGCAAUUCAAAAACAUAACCGGCAUCGUAAAGCGAAUUUCUGUCAUGAACGAGCAGUCCAACAGCAAACCGACUAAGAACAUUGGUCAGAGAAUCGAUAAUCAGAAAAGUGCUUCUCAGAGGAGCAACGUUCAGAAUAUCGCUCAAAGAAGUAUGGAGCAGAGGAUCCAGAAUAUCCAGAGAAGCGAUCAUCAAAACGCUAUGCAAAGGAGCGAUCAGAGGAACAGUGAGCAAGAAAGUAACGUUCCAAGCACUAGUCAAAGGAGCAACGAUCAGAGAAGCAUUGUUCAAAACGAAAUCGUUGAAAGGAACGAUAUUCCCUCUCAGAGGACGAUUGUUCGGAAUGCGCAGAAGCUUUGUUUCGUGUGCAGCGGUCUGGUAUCGUCUGAAAUAGAGCAAGUGAAGACGUUGGCGCAAAAAGUGAACGUGAAAUACAGAACGCAAUUUGAUCACGAAGUGACACACGUGAUAGUGAAAGCGGACAAGCACAACAGCGCUAACAAGACUCUGAAAUAUCUGCAGGGAGUAGCCCAUAAAAAAUGGAUCGUGGGAUUCCAAUGGGUGAUCAAUUCGUUGAAGGAGAAUAAUUUGGUGAACGAGGAACCGUAUGAGGUUGUAGACUUCAGAACUCACGAGGCUGGCCCUCGAAAGUCACGGCUCAGGGAGAAGGAUCUGUUCACUGGAUUCGUGUUUUUCUGCAAUGGACCUUAUGAUAAUGUUUCCGUGGAACAGUAUCAGGACAUGCUACGCGCUACUGGUGCCAUUGUGGUUCAGUCUCUAUCCGCUCUAGCCGCUGAAAAAAGUCGGUUGAGGAUCAUCAUGAUCCAAGGGGACACGUACGAAUACGAAAUUAUAAAAUGGUAUAGAAUGGUUCAUGCCAUAUCGAUCGUCCACGAAUGGGUAGUCGAGUGUAUCAGUCAAUACAAACUGAUAUCAUUCUAUCCAUAUCUGCAGGAAUUAUCGCGGCAGGAGGUACUCGCACUUGGUUAUCCGGAAUAUCUCCUCGAAGAAGAGGUUGACGAGGACUCUGAUAACUCAUGUGAUGUCUCAAUGUGAUAUUCGAAUCAGGUUCAUUUAGUUUUAAUGUAAUUACACGCCGAUUCUUAUCCAUUUCUGCUUGAUUUCGUGUCCAAUUUACAUCAGUGCCAAAUCUUUCUAAUCAAAAUGUACGUAUAAUUUAGUUUAGAAUUUGUAUUCUUUCUAUAUAGAGACUCGUUUCUAUUGAGAAAAUAUCAGUAACAAAUGGAAUAUUUGAUUUUGCAAUCAGGUUAUUUGUUACAGUGUGGUUAAAACGUGAACCGAUUUGAGUAUAAAAAUUUAUUUACAGUUUUUUUAUGAAGUUGAUGAUAUAAAUAACAUGGACAGUAUUGUUUCGCCAGUAUCAGUAUUUUUAUUAUCUAUUGUCCAUUGAUAAUGAUAGUUUUGAUAAUGAUAGAUGUAAUUUUUGAUUAGAAAAUAAUUACUGAUAUCUGAUUUCACUUUAUACGCUACAAAACAUGAUAAAAAAAAUAUUUAACAGAUAUUCAUUAUCAAAUUAAUUAAUAAUUAGAUUUUCCAUCCAUUAAUACCUCCAUCAAUAAUAUUUUUAAUCACAUAACAGUAGAGAUUGUCCAUAUAAUACUUAUAUUAACUUAUAAUUGAAUAUACAAAGAAAAAUUCAGGUUUAUACCAAAAGAACUUAAGAAAAAAUACUAAAUACUAAAUAUCUAAUCUCCUAGAUCUUUAUUUUUUUACAUAAUAUAAAACUCUUUUCAUCGUUAAUUAAUAAUAUCAAACUAAAUUUAAAUUAAGCUACAUUCUAAUAUCUUCGUAAAAUUUCUAAUAAUAUCUUUCCAUAAUAUCUUCAGUCUUCAAAUGAUAAUACCAGCAAUAAGUUCACGCUUUAUCCACAAGCGCAAAAACAUCUUAAAUAUACGUAAAUAUAAUUCUUCUUUCCUUGCACUUCCACGCACAAUAUUUAUCAUCAGAAAUGUCGAGCCUACUAAAAUUUUCUAAUUACAAUCCCACAAUAUCCAUCCAUAACCAAUGGAUACAUAUACGUAAGACGAGGUAGUGCUUAGAACGUGCAAUAUCAUGAUCAUGGGUGGGUUUCAGGGGCUGCGUGUUGCGAGGGGCAUUCAGGCAACUCACGUAUUCACAAAUACACCCGAACAAUAUUGAUUUGCCCGGGACCACCUGUAGCCAACUCUCGUCCAAUGUUCUGAUACAUACACGCAUACACACACCGUGUCGAUGGUUAUGAAUCUCGUCUAAUUGCGAGUAGGAAUAAUCACUGUGUCGGUUGUGCUCUCUCUCUCCCUCUCCCUCUCCCUCUCCCUUCCUUCCUCCCUCCUUCUCUUUCUAUCUAUCUCUAUCUCUAUCUCUAUCUAUCUAUCUAUAUCUAUCUAUCUUUUUCUUUUUUGGUGCAUUUCAAGUACCUUAAUUGCGUCUCAUGUGAGAAUAGAAAGUUAAUCGUUGCGACAGACAUCGAUUAUAUUUUUGCAUUUCUUUCGAAAAAAAUCUGUCUUUUUUUUUUUUUUUUUUUUAUAUAUAUAUUUUUAUAUGAACCUUUGUUGUAUCUGUUGUAUUUAGCGGACUAAAUGGUAACUCGCGAUGUAAUUUUCUUCGCGCGAUGACAUAUCUUGCAUCUUUAAUUUUCGACGGCUCUCCAUCGUUUCAUGCGAAAGAAAAAUGAUCAAAGAGAAGAAAUAUUAUUUGCGUAAUGUGAGUUUAGUUUCGUUAUAUAUCUAUAUCUCGCGUUGCAAUUUCCUUGCUGCGAUGUAUACGAUAUCUUGCAUCUUUAAUUUUCGAUCUGUCUGUUUUAUUUCAAAAAAAAGAAAAUAUUUAAGAAAAUGUAAUAUAACGUGAACUCAUUUUCUCGGAUAAAUUUCUCGUGGUUUCUUACGUUCGAUGUUUCUUUUUCUGUUUAAUUUUCAAUAUGAACUCGAUAUGAUUUGAACGAAAAAAAGAAAAGAAAAUAUUUUUUGUUGGUUUACAAAAAUAUUCUAUCGUUUACUAUCGUAGAAUACUUUCGUCAGAACAAAGAGGAUUGUGAACAAAUUUGUGCACGAGUUGUUUUGUAUUUUAAAGGAAAAAUGAAAUGUAUCUUGAGUAUGAACGACAUUACGUCAUGAGAUACCGGAUAGUCCGUAAAUAUGAAAGGAUUAAAUAACGUUAAAUGGCUAGAAAUGAAAUUUAUUUGCACAUAAUGAGGAAAAUAAACGUGUCAUUUAACAGUGCUGUAUGUGAUGAUGAUGAAAUUCAUGAUCAUUUGUAUGGAAUAUGUGAUACCGGAAUACGUGUUGUUCUGGUGUCAAUUUGAUUAAAUUGUUGAUUAAAUUGUUGAUUAUAAAA